GUCUCUGAGAAGAAGGUGUUUCAAGAGCAGGCCCAAGCCAGCUUCUGGGGCGUCACUGUGUGCGGGAUGAGCGGCUGGCUGAAACCCAACGCUCACCGACUGUGGUCUCUUGUGCUUGUGACCCUUCGCACUGUUGAGCUGGGCCUCGCCACGCAGCAUCUCCUUGAAUCCCUUGCCGGCUGCUGGAUCUCAAUCUUUGUGUUGAGGAGACGACUCCUGUCUGCCAUGUCGCUCAUUUUUCAGGCUGCUGCUGCCGGGGAUCCCAAUGUCAUUGUGAGGCUGUCGCCCGAGCUCCGUGCCGAGCUGGCCAGCUUCGCCCUCCUUGGGCCUUUGUGUGCAGUGAACCUCAGAGCUCAGGUCGACCCUUCCGUGACAGCGACCGAUGCCUCGUCCAGCCACCAAGCCGCAGCUAGGGCGCCGCUGCCCCAGCCGAUCGCCGACGAAGCCUAUCGGCACAGCAUCCAGAAAGGCGCCUGGACUCGGCUCCUCACUCCGCAGAGCGCGUGGCUUCGAAGCCAUGAUCUCCUUGAGCCAUUGAGCGAGCUCCCUGGCGACGAUGAAGGGUACCGCGCUUCGCCUUUGUACUGCGCCCUCGCCGCGCUGCUGUUCGGCAUUGACAGUCAGGUCACCAUCGGCUGCAUUGCAAAGGGACGGUCGGCGAGCCCCCGUCUAAACCAGCUUUUGGCAAGGUCGAUCCCGGAGGUGCUGGGGUUUCAGUCUUAUCCGGCACCCUUGUACUUUCCCAGCAAGCUGAACCCCUCCGACGAUCCCACAAGAGGGUUGGCAGUCAGAGGCCCGGCAAUGGAGUUACCGAGCUGGUGGCUCCGCGUGCUUGAAGGUGACCCCUCUGAGCUCGACCGCGUCAUGAAGCAGAGCGGCUUCGGGCCAGGCGAUCAGGACUUCGACCAGGAUCUUCUUUAUCUUUUGGGCGGCGCCGAGGCCUCCGUGCUGCAGAGCGCCAAUGCUCGCCGAGUCGAAGCUUCUAAAGCCCCAUUUGUCUGCGCGAGCCGUCGCCGCUUCGAACGCGAGCGCGCUGUUUUUGGCUACCAGCGCCCCGAGCUCCCUGGUGCCGGGGACCGUUUGGAUCCUGAGAUUUCCGAGCUCCUUGCCGAGUUCUCCGCGCGGCUCUACCUUCAUCGUGGCAGCCUUCCUGACCUCAGCCGUCCAGGUGCACUUGAAGUUUUCUCCGAGCGCGGCCGUGGGGGCAGAGAGCUCAUCGUUUGUGGGUGCCCUUGGGUGUUGUGCUUUCGCAGUGGGCACUCCGACGAGCGUGACCUCGACACCUCUGAGUUGCGCGGGAAGCUCCUUCGGCUUUUAAAGGCGCGCGCUUUCCUUGGGUUUUGCGCGAGCCCCUACGGAGCCUCGCUGUCGCGCGCCUGCCUGCCUCGUGCAAGGUCCACUGCUGAGCCGGCCGGCCUCCGCCACCUCGCUCCAGCCACUCACGGCAAGGUCAUCCGCGACAACUCUCGGGCUGUUUGGAUUCGAUGUUUGACAGAUGCCUGCCUUGAUCUCGGCCUCACCUUUUGGGUCGACUGCCCUGACUCCUCCUGGUGGUGGUGUCUGCCCGGCUGGUCCGAUGCCAUGCCUCCCUCAGCGGCCUGCUGUUGUGUGAUCGACCUGGCCAUCGAUAAGCCUCGGGGUUUUUAUGCCGCCUUAGCCUUGGCCUUCAGUUCCCGCUGCGGGUGGAUAGGGGAAGCUUCGAAGCCAGGGCUCCGUGUGCCCCAGCCGAGGGAUCCCCGUGUGGACUUGGAGACCCGGCCUCUGUACUCCUCCACUUCCCACCACCUUGGCCUUCGUGCUUGGACUUCUUUCCUCGCCUGGUGCGCCCUCUCCCUCACGUUCGACCCGGUCGACUCGUUCGUUAGCUGCCCUGCCCUCCUCGCCAUGGUUCUGCGAUCAUAUGGAAAUUUCCUGUACCGUAGCGGUGGAUCUCUGCAGACUUACAGAUAUGCCAUCCUCGCGGCGCAGCGCCUGACUUGGAGCAUCCGCGGCCAUCUGGGGCCGGCUUGGGAAUUGGCAACUAGGUGGGAACGGCUGCAACCCGUGCAGCACAGGACGCCGAUCCCGGAGGUCAUCGUGCAAGCUCUAGUUGUUCUCGCCUGGGCCAAGGGCUACAGAAGAUGGGCAGGCGUUACCCUGCUCGCCUUCUAUGGCCUGGCUCGCAUUGGUGAAGUUCUUAAGUGCGAACGGUCCCACCUUCUGCUGCCUUCGGACCACCUCUCCGAACUGCAAGUCGUCUUCUUGAAGCUGGACAAGGCCAAGAGCUCUUCGCGCGGAGGCGCUCAGGUCGGGGACCGGCUUUACCCCUUUGGGCCCGCUACGUACCGAGCGAGAUGGAACUUCCUCAUUGCGGCGUUUGGCUUGAGAUCCUCGGUCUCCGACAUCCAGUGGCGUAUGAGAUUGCAACAUCAACAGACUUUGGGCCACUACCUCCAAGAAGUUGCGGCCCUGAACAGCAUCCUCGAUGCAG